AUGAGAAAAGGUAGAUUGGCGAAAUGGGAAGCUAAUACUGGUGAUCAUGAUAUGGAAAAGGGCGCACAUUGCAGGAAUUUUGGUAACAUUAAUCAAAAUCCCGAAUCAGAACCAAUCAAUGGACUGGGUGUCAAAGCCCAAAGAGCCAGUGAAACCACAGGUAAAGAUACGAGUAUUGCUGAUGAGAACAUGCAUUCUCUUGGGAACCAAAGAACCGUAAAUGCAGGAGAGUCACUCAAACCGGAUGAAAUGACGUCUGACGAGUGUUUAAUCAACGGCUAUUUGCCACUGGGGAUUUCGGAACGAAUCCCUUCUAUUCAACUCAACCACCUCCUCGAUCUCAAACAAAAGCAAGCCAACAUAUCAGAGGCUGAAUCGGCGCAUAGACAAGCAACCGAAAGUUUGGAGCUUACGAGAUUUGCACAAGUGCAGGCUGAUCAAAGUUCGCAACAAGGGAAGACUCUCAUGAUCUUUACAGUGGUCACUAUUUUGUUUCUACCGUUGUCGUUCGUAGCAGCAUUUUUUGCUAUAGAAAUGGACAAAUUCCCCCUGGAUCAUAAUGGGAAGCUGCCCAUGAGCUAUGUUCUCAAAUACAUGUUAGGAACUUCUUUCGCGGUGUCGGUACCUCUCAUUCUACUUGCCUUCAAUCAUGGAAGAGUAUCCCGGUGGCUAGCAACAUACACCACAAGAGUCGCAAAUCCCUGA